GGUGAAGCAGUUCAAGAUUGGAGGGAGAUCGUUACCUAUUUCUCAUACCCAAUCGGGAGCCGCGAUUACUCGCGGUGGCCGGAGAAGCCGGAGGGGUGGCGUGCUGUUGUGGAGGAGUACAGCGCCAAGCUGAUGGAUCUGGCCUGCAAUCUCCUCGGCGUGCUAUCGGAAGCCAUGGGACUAGAUCGUGAAGCCAUAGCCGGAGCCUGUAUCGAUAUGGACCAGAAAUUGGUGGUCAAUUUCUACCCAAAAUGCCCGCAACCGGACCUCACCCUGGGCCUGAAGCGCCACACAGACCCCGGCACCAUUACUCUGUUGCUUCAAGAUCAAGUCGGCGGUCUCCAAGCCACCAAGGACGACGGUAAAACCUGGAUCACCGUUCAGCCUGUCCAGAAUGCUUUCGUUGUUAACCUCGGCGACCACGGUCAUUACCUGAGCAACGGUCGGUUUAAGAACGCGGACCAUCAGGCCGUCGUGAACUCAAAUUACAGCCGGCUUUCGAUCGCGGCGUUCCAGAACCCGGCUCCGGAAGCAGUUGUUUACCCGCUAGCGGUGAGGGAAGGAGAGAUGCCGGUGAUGGAGGAGGGUAUCACAUUUGCGGAGAUGUAUAGGAGGAAGAUGAGCAGGGAUCUGGAGCUGGCCAGGUUGAAGAAGAUGGCGAAGAUAGAGAGUGGGGAGGAAGGGGCCGCAGGAAAGACUGCUGAGGUUACUGGAGCAAAGGCAUUAAAUGAGAUUUUAGCUUAAGGUCGCACAUGAAGUUGAAGAAGUACGAUUUGCUAACAAGAAAAAAUAUUAUAUGAAUA